CCUGCCUGCGAUCUGAUUGGCUGAAGACCUUGUCAGUCACAGUGUCCUUGCCGCCCACUUCCGCUAGGUUCCGGAGGUGCUAUACUUUUUGGUUCUUUAUGUUAGCCGAGGCCAAACUGACACUAACUGACAGGUCGUGUUUGUGGCCGUCUGAGAUGCUCGGAGAGAGGCUGGGCUGCAGAAACGUCGGGCCGACGGUGGAAACAUGACUUCUGAGUGACGUUUUGUUAACUUUUUCUGCUCAGUAUGAACAGCGAAGAGGAAUUUUUUGACGCUGAGACAGGACUGGAUUCUGAUGAUUCCUGUGAGGUCAGUUUCAAAGAUGCGUUGGUGUUUGACAGCAAGCAGGUGACUGAUGGCAGCAGCAUGAAGGAGAAUGGAGUCUGGGAGCGCAGGAAAACCCUGCCUGCAGAAACAAUCUCCAGGAACAAUUUCAGUGUGUGGAGCGUAUUGAAGAAAUGCAUUGGAAUGGAGCUGUCCAAAAUAGCAAUGCCCGUUGUGUUUAACGAGCCGCUGAGCUUUCUCCAGAGAAUCUCGGAGUACAUGGAGCACACUCACCUCAUUCACAAAGCUUGUAGCCUAUCAGAUUCCAUCGACCGCAUGCAGGUUGUUGCUGCGUUUGCUGUUUCCGCUGUAGCAUCUCAGUGGGAGAGGACUGGAAAGCCAUUUAAUCCUUUGUUGGGGGAAACAUAUGAACUCAUAAGAAAGGAUGAAGGAUACAGAUUGAUCUCUGAGCAGGUGAGCCACCACCCCCCGAUCAGUGCCUUCCACGCUCAGUCUCUGAAGCAGGAGUUUGAGUUUCAUGGCUCCAUCUACCCAAAGCUUAAGUUCUGGGGUAAAAGUGUUGAAGCUGAGCCUAAAGGUACCAUGACGCUGGAGUUAUUAAAACAUAAAGAAGCGUACACGUGGACAAACCCAAUGUGCUGUGUGCAUAACAUCAUUUUGGGAAAACUCUGGAUCGAACAAUACGGAACAGUGGAGAUAGUCAACCACAGUACUGGAGAUAAGUGCAUUUUGAACUUUAAACCAUGUGGGAUGUUUGGAAAAGAUCUUCACAAAGUCGAAGGGUAUAUCCAAGACAAAAGUAAGAAGAAGAGACAAGUCAUCUAUGGGAAGUGGACAGAGUGCAUGUACAGCAUUGACCUUAAGUUUUAUGACACCUACAAGAAGUCGGAGAAGAAGACUGGAAGCGACCCAAAGAAGCUGAAGCAGGAACGUGCCUGUGAAGGUGAGGAGGAGGACGAAUGUCCAGACGUUCAGGAGACUGUGACUGUGAUACCAGGAAGUGCCUUACUGUGGAGGAUAACGCCGCGACCCGUUCACUCAGCGCAGAUGUAUAACUUCACCAGCUUUGCUGCGACUCUAAACGAGCUGGAGCCCGGCAUGGAGAGGCUGCUGGCACCAACGGACUGCCGGCUGAGACCCGACAUUAGAGCCAUGGAAAAUGGAGACAUAGACUUGGCUAGUGCAGAGAAGGAACGAUUAGAGGAAAAACAAAGAGCUGCACGCAGAGAUCGAUCAAAGGAUGAAGAGGAGUGGUCGACCAGGUGGUUCCACUUGGGAACAAACCCUUUCACUGGAGCUGAGGAUUGGUUGUACGCAGGUGGAUACUUUGACAGGAAGUACACAGACUGUCCCAACAUUUAUUGAUACGAGAGACUCUGCGUAUGUUGAAAAUAUUCACUUCAUUUCUCAGCAUCUUUGUUAGAGAAAACUGACCUCCGUUAAUCAGAUCAAUUGCAAUGACUGAACAUGCUCAGCAGGAGAGUUUUAGACUGCACUGAUUGAUCAGAAAUGUUGACAUCGGACAUCUUUAUCGUUAUUAACACUAAACGCUCAUUGUUCUCACUAUCUAAGGGUUUUAAACCAGCCACCAGUGUUAUCUCUGGAAUCACAAACACUGCUGCAGGAGGACACAGAAGACUUAUUGUUUUAGUUCAGGCACCCAAACAUCCCGCGGGUCAUCAACACACUUCUGUCAUGUUGCAUUUAAAUAUCAGGGAUUACUUAAACACAUCCACUACUUUUAUAUAACCAACUCAGAAAUUAGAUGUCUAUUUUAUUCUGCACUACGUAUCUUUAAAGUGCCACAAGUGUUUCUGUGAACUUAAGAAAAGCUGCUUAUAAUCAUGUUUGCGUCUAUCGUAAACGGAUAUUGUCGGUACAAUAUAUAGUUGUGUGCUGUAAAAUGGGUAGUGUGUCGAGAACAAAAAAUUAACUGGUGCUUGCAUGCUCACCAAGGUGUUAACAGACAAGUUAGAGCCAUAAAAUAACAAUUUUGUGCACUGAGUGUAAAUGCAUUCAUGAAAAACCUUUGAUUUCUGAUUCUGUGGCUGCCUCUCACCUUUAUGCUCUGACAAACAGGUUUCUCCAAAUGAGCUGACAGAAAAAUAAGGAAAAUCCAUUAGAAAUAUAAAAAUCAAGCGUCAGCAAACAGGAGUGUGAAAUUAAUUUAUGAAAAUGAAACAAUUAAGCUUCUUCUCCUAUUUUUUGCAUUCUCUAAACAUUUAAACAUGAAGCUGAAUGUUAGCAUGUACGUGUUUUUGGAAGAUUUCAGCUACACCUUAAUAUUUAAGCUAAUUUGCACCUUUAAAAUGAUGCCACACUAUAUCUUAGCAGUGAUGAGUACAUUCACAUGUUCAGAUAGCUGUUGUUGAAACACUUUAAACGGACACAUAAAGGAUAAAAACGUCAAAUGAAAAGGGAAAUGUUAGUCUGAAAGUAUGAAUCAUGUCUGUAUUUUGUAUAAAUGGUGGGUCCUAAAAGGAGGGGCACCCCACUGUUUGAGCAGCACUGUGUUACAGAAAAAGCUUUAAGUUUCCAGUCCUUUUAGAAGUCUGCACUCAUGACACAAGACGCUGCAGACGCCACAAACCUAUGCAAACUGAUCCAGCCACUCCGCCCUCCUGACAAGUGAAACCUCAGACUCUAAUUUCUUCUUCAGAUAGACUUAGUGCUGAAAAUACACUGAAUAUAUAGAUGCUGCAGCUGAUGUUGGAUGGGUUAGAUUUUUUUUUUUCUUGUGGAGUACUAACCUUUCAUUAAAAACUGCACAUUUGAGCGCUCACAUUUCUAUGCACUUAUAGGUACAGUGAAAUCUCUCCCCAUGCUGCUCUUUCCUGUUUUUAAAGCACUUUUUAAGCCUGCAGAUUCAAUCUGAUGGAAACUUUCAUCUCUUUACCCCCCAUGUCUCUUUACUUUGUCAAGCAUCUCUUUGAUUAUGUUUACAUUGUUUGUUGCCCUGCGAUGGACUGGCGACUUGUCCAGGGUGUACCCUGCCUCUCACCCAUAGACUGCUGGAGAUAGGCACCAGCUCCCCCGCGACCCACUAUGGAAUAAGCGGUAGAAAAUGACUGACUGACUGUUUGUUGAGCCCUUCUUUUUCCUCCUCUCCUCAUACUGUUACCCAAAACCAUAUGCAUACAAGCAUAUUUAAGUAAUAAAUUAUAUAAAAUAUAAAAUCA